CAAUUAAUAAAAUUAGGUAACUAACGAUUUACAAUUAAAAUGUAGGGUAAAACUGGUUUUAACAGUUUUGUGUUUUUCAUUUUUGCCCACUUAUUUAACAGUAAUUGGUUAACAUUAUGUGUAGUUGGCGAUAAACAUAAUUUAAUACAAUACAAUUAGUAUUUUAAAGCAAAUAAGAUUUUUAAAUAACUUUAUAAUCAAUUGGUAAAACUGCUCUUUAACCGAUAAUAUGGCGUCAAAUUCACUAGAUAGUAGUGAUGGGUACUAGGUAUUAACUAUUGCCUAUUUUUUGUUUAACGUGGUUGUUGUCGGGUCGUCUGUCAUUGUUUACAAAAAUCCAAAGUUACAAUGGACGGCGACGCGUCUCCACUCAAGUAGUCGUCAAUCAACCUUCGUUAGCUGUUUAUAUCUUGGAUUAUUAAUUUAGUAGUUGGUUUCUAGUGCUUUGUAUUUCCUUUCGUUUUUUCACUAAUUUUAUAUUAUAUCUAUUUAUAAUAAAUCAUAUAUCAAGAUUUUUUCAAUAUUUAAUUACAUUUCUUAAAUCGUCAAAAUUGGUUCUCUGCAUGGAAUUCGUUCAUUAAAAAUAAUAUUUUUAUGAGUUAAUUGAUGGGCUUUUAUCAAUAUACUUAUAUAAAUAUAUAAUUAUCCAUUGUAGUUUUCUUUAUUCGUGGAAUUAUAGAAAAUGUAUGCAAAUUACAAGUCAGAUAGAGAAGGCAAGAAGAAAAGUUUAAGAGAAGGAUUACCAGCUUAUGCUUACUCACGUGGAGUUGAAUUACACAGCGAUAAAAAUCCGUACUUGUAUAUGCAAACUGAAAUACAUAAUCCAAGAAGAAAUGUUCUUAAUAUAAGUUAUCCUAUAAAUGUUCCUGAAUUUGAGUUGCCAAAUGAAGAACAAAUAUCUUAUUAUGAACAAUUAAUGAUGAUGAGUAAUGAAACUAUUGUACUUAAUCAGUUUUUAGAAAAUCAACAGACCACCCAGGUUAGUCCAUCUGUUAUUCACAAAAAAUCAGAAUCAAUUCAAGGAUUACCAGCAAAGAAUUUAUCAUUAAAAAAAUGUUCAUCAGAAUUUGUACCAUUUUACAAAAUAUGUUUUCAGGUUCUAAAAAUACCUGCGUAUGAUUUAAAAUGGAAACUCUGUUUAAUCACUGAACAUUCAACUGAAUUUCGAUCUGAAAUACAACAGAUUUUCAUACAUAUGUGGUUAUAUUACAAAAAUUAUAUGGAAAAAGUUGAUUUAGGUGUUUUAGAUACUUGUAAUCGAAUUAUUGGAUUUGUGCAAUCUGUGACUGAAACUGAACGAUUUUAUUUAACAAUUCGAGAUGACUACUUAAUGGCUACACAAAUAUUAGUUUUAUUUAAAAAUAUUUUAUCUCAUCAAGAAAUAUCUGUUAUUAAUCAAGUGAUUGAGACAUUAGAAAUAUGGAAAAAUCUUUUACAAAAAAUGAGUACUAAUCCAAAAUUGUAUGAAAUGACACCAUACAGUACAUCAUUGGAAAUGGGUAAAUUAUUAGAACUAUUAGCAAAGAGCUAUUUCAGAACUAGAAAUUAUUUAGAAGCCUGCUUUGUUGCAAUGAUAAAUAAAGAAGAUACUAUUAAAGAACUACAAGAGAAAGAUGAUAUUCUAUGUAAAUAUUGGUAUUUGAUGGUCGAAAAUCUUGAAAAUUAACUCAUGAAACUUUUUCUUACAACUAUUAUUUUUAAUUGAAGGCCAGUUAUUUUUUUUUGUUAAUUU